AUGCCGCGCGAGGACGAGGCGCCUCUCCCGUCCUGGGUCCCGGAGUGGCCGCGCGGCGGCGACGACGCCGACCUCGCCGCCUUAAUACGCGCGUCGUGGACGAACGCGCCGUCGACGCCGAGCGAUGGCGUCGGCUCGUCGCCGUACGAUCUGCCGUGGUCCGUCCUCGGCGACGACGACGACGCCGACGCCGACGCCGACGCGCCCUCCUCCUCCUCCACCGCGGCCUCGGGCCCGACCGCGCGCGCGCUUCGCGUCGCGCGCCUCCUGUGCCGCCGCGCGGAGGCCGCGGCGUCGCGCGGCGACGUCCUCACCGCGACGCGCCUCCUCUUUCACGCCGCGCUCGGCGACGGAGGCGCGAUCGCCGAGAUCGCGCCGCGCCACCUUCGCACCUCCGCCGCGCAGCGCGUCCUCGCGACGUGCGCGCGCUGCGUCGACGCGGAGCAGUGCCCGCGCGGGUGCCCGGGCGCGCCGGAGCAUCCGAACUGCGACGCGGUGCGCGCCGCGGGGUUCAUGCUGUUGUGUCUGCGCGCGGCCUUCGCGUCCGACGACGCCGCGCGAGCGUCCGCGAGCCGCGCCGUUGCCAACGCGGUGGCGUCGUGGGACGCGCAUUUCGCGCCGAGAUGGGCGAUCGACGCGAGGCUCGUGGAGAGUAUGUGCGGCGGCGAGGACGCGCUGGUGGGGCGCGCGGUGGCGGCGAUCCUGUGCGUCAGCGCGCGCGCGUCGCUGCGAGAGGGGGCGAUUCGAACGCCGGCGACGCCGGCGGACGCGGACGCGGACGCGUCGCGCGCGUCCGACGCGAUCCGCCUCGCGUCGCUCGCGCUGCGCGCGGACCCGACCUCCGCGCACGCGAGGUACGCGCGCGGCCGCGCGCGGACGCGCGCCAACGACUUCCGCCGCGCGGCGUCGGAUUUCGCGGCGGCGGCGACGGCGUUUUCGGCGACGUGCCCGGACGCGCCGUGGACGUCGGACGCGUGGCGAUGCGUCGUCGAGGCGUCCGCCACCGCGCUCGCGCUGGGGCAGGGUUUUCCGCCCGGAGACGCGUCGGCGCCGACCGCGGGGUCGCUUCGCGAGGCGGCGAGGCGGAGCGAGGAGGCGCGGCGACGCGCGGAGGCGCUGUUCGGGCGCGACGGCGAAGCGGGCGCGCACUCGGCGCCGUGCGCGUGGGAUUUCGGGCUGAUGCUCGACGCGAUCGAGGGGCUCGGCGACGACGACGCGAUCACGGGGGACAUCGCGCGGGCGUUUCAGAAGGCGGAGCGCGAGAAACUCGCGGCGGCGGCGGCGGCGGCGGCGCGAGUCGACGAGGGCGGCGAAGGGAUCGCCGCCGCGGAGGAGGAGGAGGAGGACGAGGACGAGGACGGCGCGACGACGACGACCACCACCACCACCACCACCAAACUCGGCGUGCCCGCGCCGCCUUCGAUGCCGACCGCGUCGAAGCUGACGUUUAACGCAUCGUGCGCGCGCGCGGGGUGCGAGAACGCGGACCCGCGCGUCGCGUCGAAGAACGCGUGCGAGCUCGUGUCGUGCGAGCACUGCGCGGAAUGCUUUUGGUGUUCGACGCGGUGCGCGUCUGAGGACUUCCGGCGACAUCGAAGCGAGGAGUGCCGAGCGAAGAAGGCGGACGGCGCGGGCGGUGGGUCUUCUCGUCGUUGA